AUGAUUAUCGAUGCUUUCCUCGUUUUUCUCGUCAUUUACGAACAAGUUGCUUGGACAAUUCAAUACUCUACUGGACCAACUUUUACGUUCACGACUACUACAAAACAGCAACUCUACUACAAUAACUUAGGUAUCCAACUUGACUGUGCAGCAGCAGGUGAUCCAUCACCUGAUAUAGCUUGGUUUCGGACGAAUGGUACUCACUCGAAUCAAUUGCUGUCAGUUCAAUCAUCUGAUUUCAUUGAUGUUUAUGAAAAUGGAAGUUUAUUCAUUCGACCAUUUCGAGAAUAUAUCAAGGCAAUUCAUGCAACUUCAUAUGUAUGUCAAGCUGAAAAUGCUGUUGGUAGUAUUCGAUCACUUUCCAUUCAAGUUAAACCGCAAAUCUAUGAUGCUUAUGAGAUCGAAGUGAAGACUCCGUAUGGAUUUGAACAUUCAUCGGUGAUAAUAUCUUGUGAAAUAUCACCACCAUUGGCGAAUUCUUAUGUUGAGAUUGUUGGUUGGUUGGAAAAGAAGCAUGAUGAAACCGUCCAACUCGAUCUAAAAGCCAAAACGAAAUAUAAUUUAUUAGCGAAUAAAAACUUGAUUAUUCAUAAUUUAUCUAAAUCCGAUGACAAUCGAAGUUAUGCUUGCAUCGUCAAAAAUCAAAUCGACAAUAAUCUUAAGCAAAGUCGAUUCAAGUCAUUGCGUAUUCGAGAUCGUUCGCCAUUCGGCCCUGAGCUAUCAAUUCCGAAUAAUACUGAAUAUCAAGCUGAAAUCGGCGAUCUGAUUGAAUUACCUUGUGGCAUCUCAUCGAUCUCAACCAAUGCACACGUAUCCUGGUGGAAAGAUGGACAUGAAAUUCGCCAUGACAAGAACAAUCUGUAUAAUAAUUCUCUUAUGUUCCAAUUAGCUUCGUCAACUCAAUCCGGAAAUUACGCUUGUCGAGUUGAUGAUGAAUCAAUCGGAAGAAUGACAUCAACGAUUUCAUUGAAAGUUCAUGUUCCGACCAAAUGUGAUAUGAAUGUUCCGAAAAUAACGAACGUUGCUGCAGGAUCUACUGCGGAUUUACUCUGUAGCGUAAAUUCACCGCAGAAUGCUUCAGUGGUGUGGCAUUGGUAUCAUAAUUCUUCUGAUUUAACAAUUGAUUCCGCACGAUAUGUGAUUUCGAAUGCAACUAGGGAACACAUGGGAAUGUACCAAUGUUGUUUCAUUUCCAGCUCACUAGAUAUGAAUAGUUGUUGUACACAAACGCAAAUUCGCGUAAUUAAUUCGCCUCCAUUUGUCGUACAUAAUCAACAAAAUGAGGUUAUUAUUUCGUCAUUAAGUCAAUCGCUUACUCCGAUCGAUCUCAAUUGUACUAUUUACGGCGAUCCAACGCCCGAAAUUCGCAUUUUUAAAGACGGACGAGAAUUAAAUCUUCAAAAUCCAGUUCAACAUCUUCCAUCGAACGAUAUUUCUCUUCAUCAUCUGAUACUCAUCUCCUCUGUUGCCGAUACAGGUCUCUAUCAAUGUGUUGCUACGAAUCCAUUUGGAUCAAUAUCGGUAUCGAAACAUAUUAACAUCGAACAGCAAACGCCUUUCAUUCAACCGUUAACAAAUCUAACUGUCCGCAGUGGCGAGCAGUUUACUCUCGCUUGUUACGCGUCUGGACAGCCGAAUCUUUAUCUACAAUGGAUUGAUGCGACUAAUAAUCACAUUCUAAAUACCUCCACCACAUCUCCAAUUCUAUUCACUUCAUUCAAUAUGAAAUCAAAUGUGUACACAUGCCAAGCGACCAAUUCGUAUGGACAAAUCUCCUCUCAAGUCUUUUUAACUGUACAAAUUCCAGCGAAAAUCCUGUCGAUCACAUCAAAUACAACUGUGAAAGUCAACGAAAGUUUAACUCUGCAUUGUUCUGCUGAAAGUGAUAAUCAACUUGACUUGCGAUUCAGAACUUCACUAUUGAAACAAAAAACUGUGGUCGAAAAGGAACAUGACUAUCGAAAGAAUAUCUCAAUGACAAUUCCGAAUAUUCAGAUGUCUGAUAGUGGUCUCUAUGCAUGUGAAGCAAAGAAUAACUAUUCAGAAGAUCGAUCGGUGGUGAAAAUCACCGUGCUAGACAAGCCAGAUAAGAUUGAAAAUAUUUUUCUGGACCAUCCGGAAAAGCUAUCGUGGAUAAAACCUUUCGAUGGAAAUUCGAAUAUUUCACAAUAUAUUCUUCGAAUUCGUUAUAGACAAGGUACAAAACGAGCUUUCUUUUCUUUAAUCAUUUCCUUUCUUCAAGGUCUCAUUUGGUCGAACGAAACAAUCGUGAUCAUUGAUACUCCCGAGACCACUACUUAUUCCUUUGAGAAUAUUUUCCUAACUUGUACACUUUCCGUUGUUAUACAAGCAACCAAUGCCAUUGGUACUUCAUUACCCAGCGAUCCCUUUCGUUUUCAAAUGGAUGCUAAACGAUUACAAAUAGCUCCUUAUAAUCUGCGUGUGACUAAUACUUCCUUUAACAGUAUGACAUUAACAUGGCAGUAUCCGUCAUUUCAUGUGUGUAACAGUUCGUUUGUCGAAUUCGUCAUUGAAAUAACCGAUUCACGGAAUCGAACUGAUGUUCGCACACAUAACUAUCAAUCGCGAGAAAUCACGAUAGAUUAUUUAAAAAGUUUUACCAAUUAUACAAUUGCUAUCUGUGCUGUCAAUGAACUCGGACCAAGUCCAAAGUCGAAAUCAUUGAAAAUACAAACAAUAGAGAGUGUUCCUCUUCUCGUCAUUGAUGAUCUAACUGCAACGAUUUUGAACAGUUCAACUGCGCACAUAACAUGGACCGUCCAACAAAACAACUCGCAACUGCUCAACGGGAAAUUUCGUACAUUCUCUCUAACGAUUUAUGAGAACUUCAAUAUGUCGACCUUAACUACAAUUGAAACAAUUCAUCCUAACUAUGUUUUAUCAAACCUUCGUUCUUCAUCGCAGUAUUAUAUUUUUGUGUCCGUUUGUAAUUCUUUCGAAUGCGGUCCUUCAUCAUUAGCCAUCGAUAUCACAACACCCGAGUCGCUUUCCGAUAUGACAACGAACCUUCUACAUCCAAUCAACAAACCACUUGUCAUUAAUUGUCCAUCCUCACCCGAUAGAUCUCUAUCGAUUCUAACUCCAUCGUUAACUCAAAGCAAUGCUCAAUAUCAGUGUGGAUUGAAACUGUUCAAUAUUCGAUACUACGACAAGCCGUCGUCCAUUCAAAUAAAAAUCCAUUACACAUUAUCGAAUGAAAUCGGUUUAAAGAUUACUUAUCCACCGGAAAUUAUCGAGAGUUUGACGAUAACCUACAAAAUCAAAGAGAAUCCGUACAUGAACGAAGUAAACAUUUUCCCGCCUUUGUCCAACAUUCGUCUAACUAAUCUCUCCUGUGGGAAUCUAUAUGAAAUAAUGAUCUAUGCCAGUAAUCAAGCUGGAUUUAGUUCGACCGAACAUUUGUUAGCUAGAACCAUCGGUUCCGUUCCAUCAGUGAUUGAUUCGUCAGAUCUUGUUCAAAGUAUCGCAUAUAAUCAUAUCAUGCUCAAUAUGGCUAAUUGGAUUAUCCAUGAAUGUUCGAUUUUGUCGUACGAAAUCGAGCUGUUUUCGUCUAAGAUGAAUGCCAGUCGCGAGAUUUCAUAUAAGAAUGAGAUGACAAUGAUUAAAAUCGAGCAACUUGAUCCCAAUGAACACUAUCAAUUGAAUGUUAAAGUCCAAACCGAAGCAGGAGAGAGUGUAAAAACGAUUUCGUUUCAAACAAUGAAUGAAACCGUCUCAAGAAGAACUCAAAUUGAGCAAAGUCUUAUAGUUAUUGUAAUUUCGUUAUUUAUCGUUGUUUUGAUUUUAAUCCUGAUGAAGAUCUACCGUCGAAGAUCAGGACAAACUGAUACAACUGUUCAUCCGAAGACACGACUAAAACCUGUUCUCUGUUCACCAAAUUCGAAUAAUUUCGACAAGAAUUGGCUAAGAACUGAGAAAGAAUUCACGCUUCAAACCUACACAGACAAAAGUCGAUCGGACAGUUACGCCUCAGAAGACUCUCAGGGAAAUAUCAAUCCAUAUGCAGUCACUGGCUAUGCGAUAAAUUACAAGGAUGAAGCCAGUCGUGGCCCAUUCGGGAGAGAAAAUCAACAUAAGCAAUGUCCAAACCCUUCCGAGCGUUAUUUUCGUCCGAUUAUUCUCAAAUCGUCUACUACCGAUGAACCAGAUCUAUCUCGACGCAAUCCUCUCAUACAAAUACCCGAAAAGCCUGUCUUAUCGAACAUUCAUUGUCCUGCCACAUCCUCCGCAAACGAAUUCUUCUCCGCAUUUACUUACGUUUCAACAUCACGCAAAUGUUCUCACAAUGAUCAAAGUUCGUCAUCAGCUGACUCGGGUAUACAUUCAUUUGACACUCAAAGUCCUCGAUGUCUUCUCCACAACUUCGCAUUCGAUCAAUCAUCAUCAGUUACAAAUCCCCGAAGCGCAUUAUACGCCACAUAUGAAGAGACAACGACUGAUUCAUCUCCAUGUCAACAUUAUUCAUUGGUUUAA